AUGGCUAAGCGGCUCCCGGUUGACCGUGGACUGUCACGAGGUUGGCCACGGGCUAUAUUGAGGUCGGCCAUUGGUUGUGGUGAGGUCGGUCAUGGCUGUGGCCGGCUUCGGGUCGGCCGUGAGCUGUUACNAGGUCGGCCAUGGGCUGUGUUGAGGUCGGCCAUUUUUCAUGGUGAGGUCGGCCAUGGCUGUGGUCGGCUUCGGGUUGACGUGAGCUGUUACGAGGUCGGCCACGAGCUAUGUCGGCCAUUGGCCGUGGUGAGGUUGACCAUCGCUGUGGUCGGCUUCGGUUACGUAAAUCGAUUUUGGUCGGACCUCAGUGGUUUGGGUGACGACCAUAGGAGCGAGGUCGGCCAUGGGCCGCAAAGCCGGAGACGUCGGGUCGGCAUGUCGGGGUCGGCCACGAAGACAAAACAGAGGCCAGCCAAAGACGAGAAGAAAGGAACACACAAGAAAAAUUGCAACAGCCAACCAAAAGUUGUGAAAGAGUGGGUUGGGCAGCGGCUCCCAACAGGAGAUGGCAUGAGACACACGUCCUUUCCAUCCCUGCAGCAUCCAUUCCCCAUCCUCAUCCACCGAGAAGUCCUUGUGAUAAUCCCUCCUCACUUUACCCCUCACGUACCUGACAAUCUCCUGAUCCAGAGGGAGCUGUCUGAACCCUGCCCUCACACUCCUAACUUGCCACUGCCUGUGAGUCUCCGGCCUCUCUAUCCUCUCCGUUCCCUCGCAGGCUAUCACAUUCAUCACGUCCCUCCCAAACAUCUGCUCCUCAAAAAGCUGCCUCAACUCAUCUUCCUCCUCCCGUGCCACAGUCUCCUCAAACAUAUCAAACAUGGACGAGAAGUGGUAGAGCGCCUCUCUGAACCUUGUGACGAAGAAGGGCGUGUUGUACGUCCCGUACGCCACUCCCUGAACAAAUAUGCGCGGCUUUAUCUCCCUCAUCAGCUUCAGCACCGCAUCCCUCGGGCUGCCGUCCGAAAUCACCGUCUCGUCCUCCACGUUGUGAAGCCGGUACAAGCAGUUGACCGCAACUACCUCAUUCUCUUCGAUCCCCAGAUCCUCGGCCCUGACAGUCUCCCACCUGCACGCCAUUGCCUUGUACUCGAAUGGGACUCCGAACCUCUCACAGUAUCUCGCAAGGCGCCGCCCUGUGUCCUCCACGCGCUCUGCCGGACGAAACCCCGGCUGGGGGAAGUCGAUACCCGUGAUCCGGAGCCUGGGGGGACCCCCGGGCCUCUCGGAUAG